AUGGCAGGGCGCCGGUCAACGGAAUCUCAGAUGGAGGCAGAUUUGAUUGCUGACGCUGGACUGUCCCUAUCACUAGCAGGUGGAAACAAGCAGUUGGCCAAGCAGUUUGGCUUCUCAGGCUUGGCUGGCCGUGUUUUGUUGGACGACCUGUCCAAGAUGUCCCUGCCGAUGCCAGCGGUGUCCAUCCUGUGGCCGGAGGUUCUUUCAGAGAACUUUAAGUUGCUGAAUCAGCGCUAUCCCAUGCAUGAAGCAGACACAUCUCGUAGGCUGAUGAUGGCAUUCGAUGCCACAUAUUUGACACAGCGCCUUGGCCAGGCAACCCUUCAUGGAACCAGAGGCCUCAUUGGAGGGGCAUACAUGCCGGAGCAAGAGGAGCAUGCCUUCAUUGACAUGGACAGGGAAGGGUUGGACGUAAAGGCUGUUCCUCGAGCUCAAACCAUGCUGGAGUUUCUUGUGUGGGACCCAUGUGGAAAGGACAAGCUUCCUUUGUCAGUGUGCAUGAUUCCAAUGGAGUACACUUUGAAAGGUGUGCAUGCAGUGCACCGGGGCUGCUGGACUAUGCUGAACAUUGUGGGAAAGGUUCUAGCAAACAGUGGCUCAGUUGUCAAGGGGUUGACAUUCGAUGCGCACGGCUCACAUGAGUUUAUCCGAAGAUGCAUCCAUGGAACCUUUGAAGACAUUGACAUGACUGAGUUGAAGGAAAUCCCCUUCUUCAGUGAACUGAAGCACUACUCUUUGCCGCACAACUGCCUCCCUCGGUUACCCAUCAAGAUCUGCUAUCACAAAGAUGAGGUCUUUUGGUGCGUGCCAGGGGCAUGGGCUUUACCAUUCAUACCACUGUGCUUGCGCUUUGCUUGUGUGGUAUCCUUCAUCGUGACCUUGACCUUGCAGACCGAUGUGAGAACUGCAUCACUGGACUUGAAGACUUCCAAGCUGCUAGAUCUGGCCAAACCCAGGCGCCAGCGUUCUGAGAAGCCUUUGUCAGACACAGAGUUGCUUGAUGUGAAACAGAAGUACUUCACAGCCUGCAGCAGUGCCGAAUGUUUUUGGGAUGCGCCAGAGGAUAUUCAGGAAGAGGAGGAGACCGCAGAUAAUUUGGAAGAGACUGUGGAUUGCCUUGCCUUCCUGAAGCAGCUGCAGGAUGAGCAAAAGUUGCUUGCAGAUGAGGAGGUGGCCACGAGCAAGGAAGCUGCAGCUGAUGCACAGCCUGCUGAUAGCUUUGAGGCAGGCUUUUCAAAUAUCCCUGACAGCGAUCAACUUCGACAGCUCAUGGAGAAGCCGGGGGAUUUGUUCAACCACCUGUUCCGGCUGAACCUCAAGCUGAGGAGCACCAAAGGCGUUGAGCCAUGGAGCAACGAUGGGGACAUGAAGUUUUUCUUGACCCCAGAGAGCGCCGAAGCCUUGGUGAAUGCUCCAAAAGUCAACGUGUGGGAAGUUGGUGCCACCAUGACACGAGGGCAAGCAAAGGCUGCGGCUAAAGACACAAAUCGCAGUCGCAAAUUUGCUUCUCGCGGCUUGCGAGAGGAGAAGGGCAAGGACACUAGUGCAGGAAAUAAGCUCCUGAAGUCGAAGGACAAGAAGAACGGUGCCCAGAAACCGGCAGCAGAUCUCAAGAACCCGGUGGCUGCGGACUACAAGAGAACCGCAUCAGGAGAAGCAGCCAUCCGAAUCCAGUUGGAGCGUUUGCUGGAGAUUCACAAUGACAUCUACCAGGAGUCACCCAUCUUCGAUGUGAAUGGCAAAUGCAGGAUGGCUUUCGAAGUUGUCAAAAACCUCACGUGGGAUACGCUGCUGAAGUGUGCACCGCAAGCCUUGAGCGCCAUGCAUCUUGACAUAAUCUGA